AUGUUUUCCUCAGCGCUCAAAUCCAUUGGGUCUACCAACAUCUCCUCCAACUACUCCAUCUCCCAGAACCUCACGUCGACGGCCGGGCCCUGGAAGAUUUACGAUGCCAAGCGGAAAUCAACAGGGAAGGCGUAUAGCGUCUUCGUCUUCGAUAAGAAGACGAUAGACACGCACGCCAGCUCCAUGGGUGGCCGCAGCAGCGGAUCCUCGUACAAGCGCACCGUCGAAGAGCUCGUCGACCGGCUCAAGAAGGAGGCUUCCAGUCUGGCCAAGCUGAGGCACCCUAGCAUCCUCGAACUGGUGGAGCCCGUGGAGGAGACGAGGGGCGGCGGGCUACAGUUCGUCACGGAACCCGUCACGGCGUCGCUCGUAGGCGUCCUGCACGACAAGGAUGACCAGGAGAGAUCUGGGGGUCCCGGUGGCAAGGGCAGCCGCUACUUCACCGAAGACGCAGACGGCGUGAGGAGGCGUCGCGAGCUGGAGAUUGACGAGCUCGAGAUUCAGAAGGGUCUGCUACAGAUUAGCAAGGCUCUUGAGUUCCUUCACGAGAAUGCUGGGCUGGUCCACGGGAACCUUACGCCUGAUGCCGUCCUCAUCAAUGCCAAGUCCGACUGGAAGCUCAGCGGUCUGGCAUUUUGCAGUCCCAUUGAAGGCUCGACGAAGCCCACGUCGAUACAUGGCAUCAACCUGUACGAGGUGCUGAACCCAGACCCCCGGCUUCCCAGGUUCGUCCAGCUCGACCUGGACUACACGUCUCCCGACUUCGUCAUAGACAACAACAUGACUGCGGCUGCCGACAUGUUCUCGCUUGGUUUGCUGUGCGUCUCUCUGUACAACUCGCCACACAAGUCACCCCUGGAAGCGCACGGUAGCCUGUCGUCGUACAAGAAGAUCUUCUCGUCGUCAUCCACCAUCCCGUCGACGUCCAACAAGUUUCUCUCGUCGCGGCCCCUGCCGAGGGACCUGGAGAGCCAUGUCCUCCCCCGGCUCAUCACCCGCCGACCCGCCCAACGCCUGACAGCAAAGGAGUUCCAGGAGAGCGAGUACUUUGACAAUGUGCUCGUCUCCACCAUCCGCUUCCUCGACAGUUUCCCCGCCAAGACUCCCAACGAGAAGAACCAGUUCCUGCGAGGACUGGUCAAGGUGCUCCCUUCGUUCCCCAAAUCUGUCAUCGAGAAGAAGCUCCUGCCGGCCUUGCUCGAGGAGCUGAAGGACCGCGAUCUAAUGUCCCUCAUCUUACAAAAUGUCUUCAAGGUCCUAGAACUGCUUCCCUCGUCGCGUCGCACAUUUGUCGAAAAGGUCCGGCCCGCCCUCAAGGACAUAUUCGUCAUCAACCCGAAGCAGGGGCAGCAGGAGAAGGACCCGGCUCGCGAUGCCGGUCUCAUGGUGUUUCUGGAGAACCUCGCUGUGUGUGCGGAUAAUUGCUCGGGGAAAGAGUUUAAAGAUGACAUCUUCCCGGUGCUCAUCGCCGCGAUUGAAUGCCCGACCCACUCCAUCAUCGACGUCGCCCUGCGCAGUCUGCCUGUAGUCCUCCCAAUCCUAGAUUUCAGCACCAUCAAGAAUGAGCUGUUCCCCGUCAUCGCGGCCGUCUUCACGCGCACAAACAGCCUAGCCAUCAAGGUCCGCGGUCUACAGUCGUUUGUUGUGCUGUGCGGCGGGUCGACAGACGCCGCAACUGACGACGGGCUCAACGGGCUGCCCGUGCAGCAGAAGAAGAAGACGUCUUCGUCGAGCGCCCUGGACAAGUACACGAUGCAGGAGAAGAUUGUGCCGCUGAUCAAGGGCAUCAAGACCAAGGAGCCGGCCGUCAUGAUGUCGGCGCUCAACGUGCUGCGCAUCGUCGGCCAGUCCGCCGACGCCGACUUCGUCGCCAUGGACAUUCUGCCCAUCCUGUGGAGCAUGAGUCUGGGCCCGCUGCUCGAACUCAAGCAGUUCCAGACUUUUAUGGAGCUCAUCAAGAUCCUGUCCAAGCAGGUCGAAGACGAGCAGACGCGCAAGCUGCAGGAGCUGGGCGGCGCCGGGCCUUCGGGCUCCGCCCGCACCAAGAACGACGACUUCCUCUCGUUCGGGGGCGUCACCGGCACCGCAUUCGACCAGGGUAGUGCAGCCGGCGGUGCAGACGACGACUUUGAGUCCCUGGUCAAGGGCAAGCCUACCACCGCAUCUGCCACCAGCAUCAGCAAUGUCACCAACAGCAGCAACAACGGCUGGGAUAGCAUCGUGUCCAACCCGGUCGCGGCAGCACCCGCGACACGCUCAUCCGCCAGGAGCACACCACAGCCCACCGCCCCGACAUUCUCGUGGUCAUCGACGCCCGCGCCCACUAGCCCCCUGAGCCAGACUGCCUCGGCGAAGGCCCAGUCCAGCUUCCGCACUGUCACACCCGACCUGAACCGCUUCGAAUCCCUCACCCCGUCAUCCACACAAUUCAGCCAACCGAUGCAGCCUCAAUCAUCAUUUUCGUCGCCGUCGCCCCCGUCGCUACCAUCGGCACCCGUCUCACAGCAGCAGUCUUCCUCUAUCAACUGGUCUGCCGCCACUGCCGCCACUGCCAACCCCUGGGCAUCUAAUACUUCUGGGUCGUCGUCAGCCAUGCCAUCAGCAGCGCCAAACUACUCUGUCUCUGGCAAUGCGAUAGGCUCCUCCAUGGCAAGCAUGAAAGAGCGAAAACAAACUCCAAACACCAAGCGUAAGAAAUAA